AUGGCAGCUCAAGCUACAGAGAAGUUGGAUCAGCUGGACCUGAACGCUCAGGCCGCCCCCGCGGCGAACCAGGUUCCUGCUGAAGUGGAGGAGGACUCUGACGACGGCCAAGAAGACGAGGGUGCUGCAGAUGCUGGAGCUGCUGGAGCUGGUUCACCUGUAGCCGACAAAAAGAAGAAGAAGAAGAAGUCCAAGAAGAGAAGCAAGAAGAAGGGUGGCGCAAAGGUCCAGAGCGAGCCUCCUCGCGUCCCUGUGUCCAACCUUUUCCCCAACGGCCAAUACCCCGAGGGCGAGAUCGUCGAAUACUUGAACGACAAUGCCUACCGUACCACCGACGAGGAGAAGCGAUACCUCGAUCGCAUGAACAAUGACUUCCUGCAGGAGUACCGUCAGGGUGCUGAGGUCCACCGUCAAGUUCGCCAAUAUGCACAGAAGAACAUCAAACCCGGCCAGACCUUGACUGAGAUCGCCGAGGGCAUCGAGGAUUCAGUGCGCGCUCUGACAGGCCACUCUGGUCUGGAGGAGGGAGAUAACAUUAAGGGUGGCAUGGGUUUCCCUUGCGGUCUGAGCAUCAACCACUGCGCGGCGCAUUACACCCCCAACGCAGGCAACAAGAUGGUUCUGAACCAGGGUGAUGUGAUGAAGGUUGACUUCGGUGCGCAGCUGAACGGCCGUAUCGUGGACAGUGCCUUCACUAUGCACUUUGACCCUGUGUACGAUCCUCUGCUUGCCGCUGUCAAGGAUGCUACCAACACUGGUAUUCGGGAAGCUGGAAUCGAUGUCCGUAUGAGUGAUAUUGGUGCCGCCAUCCAGGAAGCCAUGGAGAGUUACGAAUGUGAGAUCAACGGCACAAUGUACCCUGUCAAGUGUAUUCGCAACUUGAACGGUCACAACAUUGAGCAGCACCGCAUCCACGGUGGUAAGAGUGUUCCUAUUGUCAAGAGCUCCGAUCAGACCAAGAUGGAGGAAGGCGAGGUCUUCGCUAUUGAGACUUUCGGUAGUACCGGAAAGGGUUAUGUGCGAGAGGAAAUGGAAACCUCGCACUACGCUCUCUCCCCUGACGCUCCCAACGUUCCCCUGCGUCUCUCCUCUGCCAAGAACCUGUUGAAUGUGAUCAACAAGAACUUCGGCACUCUUCCCUUCUGUCGCCGUUACCUCGACCGCUUGGGUCAGGAUAAGUACCUUUUGGGCUUGAACAACUUGGUUUCCUCUGGAAUUGUCCAGGAUUACCCUCCUCUCUGCGAUAUCAAGGGCUCAUACACCGCCCAAUAUGAACAUACCAUUGUGUUGCGCCCGAAUGUGAAGGAGGUUAUCAGCCGUGGUGACGACUACUGA